AUGACGUCCACCUUGAGUGAUAUCCCUGUGCUGACAGUCAUUGAGCGUGUUGGCCCCAGAGGCUAUCUUCGCUAUGUCUUUCCAAUGCGGUUGUCAGAUGAUACCUCUCCCGAAAGGGCCAUGGAGGUUCUGAAAGGGGGCUAUAAAGCUGCCUGCCACAGAAUUGGCUCCAUGGCUUCAGAGGCAGUACCCGAUCUCGAAGCAGAGCAGGCGAAUGUACUGAAGCUGCAGAAAUUACCCGAGAAUUCGAUCGGGCACAUGGCUUUCAAAGAUUUGCGAGACUCGGAGAAAUAUGAAUGGACUUACGAAGACCUCAAAAAUAAGCACUUCCCCGUCUCAGCAUUCGAUGCUGACCUUCUUAUGCCUGGCCCUCUAUGGCCUCAACCAGGAAAGCCUGUGCACAUUUCUCUAGCACAGGCCAACUUCAUUCGUGGCGGCGUAAUCAUUGGGUGGUGUGUUUUUCAUAUAGUUGGAGAUGCAACUACCUAUCUCACCUGGACCAAAGUCUGGGCCGAAGAGUGUCGCCGCAUCCAGGGACUUGAGUUUUCAAGUCCAGUUGUUAUCGAUGAUGCUAUGCUUGCCGACAGGGCGCUUGUCACUAGACCUUCUGGCCGCAACAAAGGUCGCCCAGAGGAUCACCCGGAGUAUACGAUCCUACCCAUUACGCCAACGGGUGCAUCUCCCGCGAUGCUGAGCACGACGUUCCGAGGGCAGGUAUUUUACUUUUCUCCAUCGGCGCUUGCGUUUCUCAAAGCUGAAGCUUCACCAGAUCGUGCGACAAGACCAACAGACCAGCAAUGGAUCUCUACCAACGAUGCCUUUUCAGCUCUCAUGUGGCGCACCGCAGUGGCCGUUCAAGCACCAAUCGACAGCCUCGAGGACAGUGAGAGUCCACAGUCUGUCUUCAACAUUGCCGUGGAUGGCCGAAAACGUACAGACCCUGCAGUUCACCCCAAGACUCUAGGCUGUUUUCUCCAGUACAUCUCCGUCUCAGCGCCGAUCCGCGAUAUCCUGACUACGCUGAGCCUUGCAGAUCUUGCAGUGCUUAUACGCAAGGAGGUGAAUCUGCGCCUAAACGAUCAAUUCACAGAUGAUGUUGUGACCCUUAUCGAUCAGUUGGAAGAUGUGACCAGGCUAGUUCCAACGGCCUUCUUGGACGUGCUGGGGAAAUCAUCUGUACAAACGUCAUGGGCUGAGUUUGACCUGGCAACUGUGGAAUGGGGGCCGUUAUUGGGAGAUAGGAUUGAGGCAAUUCGAUGCCCUAAUACAGGCAUUCUGCCUGGUUGCCAUGUUGUUCUACCGACCUUGCCAGAUGGUGGUGUUGAGGUGGUGAUCGGCACUGAGGGCAAGCUGUUGCAAAAGGUUCUUGAUGAUCCACUCUGGAUGAGGUUUGCUGUGCCAAGAUAGUCAUGAUGCUCACAGUCGAGACCCGACUUCCGUGUCCAUUUACCGACAAGUUCCGCGGAACAGGAGCCAAUCGGAUGCACCCAAUUGCCGAACUUCGAUCAGCGGCUCAAAUGACGAAGAGAAGCAGAGCCAAGGAAAUUCGCCUUGUGGACUGGGCUUUAUGGAAACAAUUGAGAGAUGAGUCUAUCUAAUGGUAUCAAAACAGAAUAUCUACAUAGUCAUCAAUUAUUUAUAGAUGGUUCCAGGAUAAUAUCGCUGUCCCGUGACCAAGAUCUGUCCAAUGGCAUACCAGAAAAGCCGUAAUCGACCAAUCACAAGCCAUACAAUUGAAGUGCCGA